AUGAACGAAUUUUCGCAUUACUAUAGCACUUUCUCUGACGAGGAAAACUCUAAAUCAGAGAAAUUCAUUGACAUCAAUUACUAUGAAGAUGCAAAUUAUCACUUUGAACAUCCUGAGUUUUAUCAAAAUCAACCUUCAAAGAGAUUUGAUUAAAGCCAUAUUAAUUAAGAUCAAAAUCUCGUGAAACAGGAUAAUAGUAUCUUCAAAUAGUUUGGAAAUGAACAUCUUGAUCAUAACUAUCAAAUUUCUCAAGAUAAUUCUCAUCUUUAAUUUGAAGGUGUCUUCAAUAUUGGUCAAAAUCAUUUAGAUAGCAAUGUUGACAGGAAUUCAACAGAAAAGUCUAAUUAAAUAGAGCAGACUUUCUAGCUUGGGAUAAAAAUGGAAGCACAAGAAUAAUUUAAUUCAAAUAGUAAUAGUUAUUACAACCUUGAGAAUGAUACUGGUGGCUAAAUGAAAAAAAUGAAAAAUAACUUUGAGUCUACUGAGAGCUCUCUCAUUCACUACUAAUCUGAAAUUGCUAACUAAAAUCAUAGAUUUGAUCAAUAAACUAGUGAAGAAAGGAGUCUUGCAUCUUAUCAUGAUUUAAGGUCUAGUCCAUAGAUUCAGCCGCAAAAAUAGAAACUUGAGUUGGUUUAAAAAUCAAAGAUAUAAUCUUAUAACGAAUAAUCCGAAAAGAAAAAGAGAAUUUAAAAGGACUCCAAAAAGAAAUCUAGUGAAAAGACCAAAUCCAAAGGUCCCGAAAAGAAAAAGAAAAAAAGUAAUCAAUAUACUGAGGAAGAACUAGAUUAAGAAUUAGAGGAAUAUACUUAAGGUGAGGAAAUAAUUAUCAGGCAAUAAUCACAGCUACUCGAAUUAAAAUAAACUAUUAUUGAUAAAAAGGAGCUGUAAAUUUAAAGAAAUCGCAUAACAGCCUAGCUAAGCAGAGAUAAAAAGGAAUUGGAAUUCAAAUAUCUAAGAAAUAGAGUAGUAUAUCUAUAAAAUUCAGUCAACAGAUAUGAGACAGAGCAAGUAAAGCAGGCAAAACUCAGAUUAAAUGAGGAAAAAGAAGGUUAGUGCCAAAACUAAGAUUAGUUGACACGUAUAAUUUAGUCCUCAAAAAGUAAGCAACUGAAUGUUAAAGAUCGAAUAAAAAUUGAAUCUAAUAUUAAAGAUUAGUCAUAUACUAAGAAAAAUAGCAGUAAGUUAUUGAAACCUAGAACUUCUUCAAAGAUAACUAGUGGAUUAAUGAUGGCUGUUGCAUUAGUAUCAAUAAUUUGCUUGUCAGCUAAUCCCAUAAAUUAAAUGAUAAGUCCAGCCUAAACAUAGUUGCACUAGAAAAUUGAAACUAGUUAGUUUAUCAAUGGAGAAGAGUUGAAAUAGUUUAAUGAAAAUUUCUUCAUUUAAUUCUCAAUGAAUUAAGUUAAUCAAUCGAUAUAAGACUCGAUUAAGCAUUCUUCAUCACUCUAUUAAUCAGAAAAUAGUUUUGUAACUUUUUAAUCCAAAGCGAGACAUUUGAGGGGUCUUUAGCUAUAGCAAAAUUCUAUAUAACCCCUAGUUGUUUAAGAAGUUAAUAAACUUAGCCUGAAAAAGGAUAAGACUACUAGACCACUUUAUGAAGAUUAUAGAGAUAAAUAAGGUAUCAUUUAUGCAAUUGAUGAUGAUGACAACUAAACCAAUGAUUUUGAAAAUACGACUUUGGAAUAAGAAUAUAAAAAAAAUAUUUAUGAACAGUUUCAAAGAUAAUAGAAACUUAUAAAUAACGAUGACUUGGAUGAUUUUGAGGAUCAAGAUGAUUAUUUCACAAAGGAACCUGCCUAGGUUUAAAUGAGUUGCUAGCUUCAAGGAAAUCUAUUUAAUAUGCAAAAAAUCAACAAUAUCAAAAAGAUAAUACAUGAAUUGUACUAAAUUAUAUACCUUUUUAAUAUCAACUAUAGGUUUGACAUAGUGGUUAAAAACUAAAACAGAAAUAUGGCCCUCAACAUAAGUUUCAAUGAUAAUGAAUACGAUACUACUUAUCAAAAUAAAGUAAAGAGGUAGUAAUAUGAGAUUCUUGUCACUAACAUGAAAUUCGAUGGAUAAUCAAUAGAGCUUGGCAGUCUUUCUGCAUGA